AUGCGCACUGUCCUUGCUCGGGAGAUGGGUGGCUGCAGUGUUUUGGGCCGGAUCUGGGGUGUAUGGCGGCGGCGGCCAGGGGUGCGCGCAGUGCCCAAGGCCCCAGGCUUUGGCACCGAAGCCGGACACCGGCUGCGACCCCGAGGCUCCAGCAAACGGUCGAGGCCCUUGGGGGGCCAGCCAUUCCCGGGGCUGCUGCAGCUAGAGAACCUCAGUCGGGAGGAGCUGGUUGAUGUGCUGAGGGCUGCAGUAGUGGACCAGAAAGGAAAACCAGGAGAGUUGACAUUGUUCUCAGUGCUGCCAGAGCUGAGCCAGUCCCUGGGGCUUGGGGAUCAGGAGCUCCAGGUUGUGCAAGCAUCUGGGAAAGAGACCUCUGGGCUUGUACUCCUCUCCAGUUGUCCUCAGACAGCCAGCCGCCUCCAAAAGUUCUUCAUCUACUCACGGAGAGCCCAGAGGCCCACAGCCACCUACUGUGCUGUCACUGAUGGGAUCCCAGCUACUUCUGAGGGGAAGAUCCAAGCAGCUUUGAAACUGGAACACGUUGAUGGCGUUGAUCUUGUAAUUCCAGUGAAGUCCCCAUCCCGAAAAGACUUCCAAGAAGGUGUCAAGAGGACCCUCAGCCACUUCCAUGUGGUGGCCAUGGGCUCUGGCUGUGCCUUGGUCCAACUGCAGCCACUGACAGUGUUCCCCAGUCAGCUCCAGGUACACAUGGUACUACAGCUCUGCCCUGUGCUCGGGGAUCACACAUACUCUGCCCGCGUGGGCACUGUCCUGGGUCAGCGCUUUCUACUGCCAGCAGACAGCACCAAGCCCCAAAGACAGGUCCCGGAUGAAGCCCUCCUCAGACACCUCUGCCUGACCCCCUCCCAGGCUGCCCAACUGCCCUUGCAUCUCCACCUGCAUUGUCUCCAUCUUCCAGGCAUGAGGCCCGGGGAGGCCCCCAUGAAGCUUCUGGCACCCUUGCCCUCUUAUUUCUUCAGGACCCUACAGUGCUUGGGGCUCCACCAACAAUAAUGCUCCUUCUGUUCCUUUUGUUUCUGCUGGAAAGCAGUGGGGAUGAGGUGGGAGAUGAACCUACGAUGAGGCCUGAGGAGAAUGAGGUCAGUACUCAACAUGCAGUAAGGCCUCGCUUUAAGAUCCUGGGCUCUGCAUUCGGACACACCUAAGAUCAAAGCCUGCCUAGGCUACCUGCUGCAUGGUGUUAGGCAAAUGACUUCAUCUCUUUGGACGUGCAUUAAUAAAAGUACCUACCUCAUAGUAUGGUUUUGAAGAUUUGCUAAGAAAGUGAGUAUCAUGGAGCACGCUUUCUGCUGAGUUCAAUAUGUGGUCUUUUUAUUUGGCUGUUUCUGUCCCAAUUCUAGCUGGGAGGAAAUGUUUGGUUUUUUUAAUUGUGAUAACAUACACAUAGCAAAAUUUACCAUUUUAACCAUUUUUAAGUGAACAGUUCAGUGGCAUUAGGUACAUUUACACUGUUGUGCAAUCAUCACAUCAUCUUACAGAACUGAAGCUCUGCCCCAUUAAACACUGACUUCCCAUCCGCUAGUAGCCCCCAUUCUCCUUUGUCCCUAUGAAUCUGACUACUCUGGGGACUUCAUAUUGAAAUGAAGAUCUCAGAUCUUGUAUAGUAAAAAACUGAAAUAUAUCAAACAUACAACGAGUACAUAAACAUAUCUGUGAUUUAAAGAAUUACAAAGUGACACCCAUAUAACCACCACUCAGGGCACGAAACAGAAACAUGCCUCUUAUUCCUUAUUAGGGCAGUAGUUCUCAACCCUGGUCCCACAGUAGAACCCCCUCC